AUGGCGCCACUUGAAGCCACAGCUGAAUUCCGCGUCUCCAACCCUGAGGGUUCAACUCGCGAGCAGAUCGCGUCGGAAGCGCCUCAUCUUCGCGACCUCGCUGAGAAGUUUCCGGAUCUGCUGAUAUACACACCUUCAGCCGCCACUUUCGAGGAAGUCAGACCAUUCUACAACGCAGCCUUCACAAACCAGCCGGGAGCAAUCGUACGCCCAAGAACUGACGCCGAGGUUGCGGCCGUCAUUCAAGAGGCUCAAGCUAAGAGCGUUCCGUUCGGCAUCAGAAGCGGCGGACACGACCUAGUCGCCGCCCAGCUGCAGGGGAAAGAUGGCAUCAUGAUCGACCUCCGCAGUCUCGAUAGCGCCGUGGUCGCGGAGGACAAGAAGUCCGCUCGCGUUGGCGGAGGUAUUCUCGGUGUCAACCUGUCAAAGUUUCUCCACGAGCACAAACUCCUGACGCCACAUGGCUGGUGCGCGACUGUGGGCAUCGUCGGAUGGGCUCUCGGCGGAGGGUACGGCUAUUCGAGUGCGUUCUACGGCCUGGGCGUCGAUCAGAUUCUCGGGGCGCGGGUCGUCUUGGCCAGCGGCGAGGUGGUCGAUACGGAUGAACAUCCCGAUCUUCUGUGGGCUCUGCGCGGAGCUGGUAACGGCAACUUCGGCGUGGUUGUCGAGCUCCGAGUCAAGUUGUACCCCGAGACGGCCUACCUUGGUGGUCUCCUGGGUUAUCCGAACGCGGAGGCAGGUAAAGUACUGACUCAGUUCAGCGAGUUUGAGAAGGACCUUCCCGUGAACUUCUCCGGCGAGUUAACCCAUAUGACGAUCCCCGGUGUUGGUGCUGUCCUGGCUUGGGUGUUCGCCUGGACAUCGGAGGACGAUGAUCUCGAGGAAGGCUGGGCGUUCCAUCAAAAGCUGAAGACUCUCGGCACGCCGAUACUAGAUACAGUGGCAGCAGUCACCGACUACGAGUUCUACAGUGCUUUCCCCAACCCCUCCGGCAACCACAUUCACCCACGUGUGUGCACAGUCGAAUACCUCUCACCAGAAGUGGGCAACCUUAUCGCGAACAACCCACCUCCCGGACCGAUGUGCGCCAACGUCAUCCACAGUGCUCACGGACGGGCUCUCCAAGAGAACCCGGCGGCGUGCUACCCGCUUCGCAGGCGCCACCGGAUCGUGAACCCGAAUGCCGGCGUGCCCGACGCCGGGCUUCAGCCUGCCGAGUUCGAGAGCUACAAGAAAUGGAACGACGGCCUCGUAGCUGAGCUGUCUGCCAAGGGCUUGACGUUGCCCUGCGGCUACCGCAAUCUGGGCCCUGACAAAGACGUGAACUGGACAGCCCUGUUCGGCGAAGAGACGUUGGCGAAGCUGAAGGACGUGAAGAAGAAGUUUGACCCAGAAAAUGUUUUCAGAACUGGGUUUCCACGGCUGGAUUUGAUCUGA